UUCUCGUAAAUUAUUGAAUCAUUGAUCAGCUCUUAAUCAGUUAUUCUCUAUUGUUAAGCUGGAUUAAUAAGUUAUAGAAUAGAACAAUUUACUGAUAUGAAAUAAUAUAAAUACAUGACUCUCAUUUCAGAUAACAGAACACAACGCACGGAAGUUAUAAAGUCCUUUAAAUAGAAACAGCAAUAUGAUUCGUUUCAGCAGUGACAAUAUUUCAACGUGGGAAGACACUGAAUGCUGGUAAAAUAAAUUAUUUUUUCCGGAUUGAAGAAGUUACGACAACAAACCAAGAUUAUUCGACAUGUGGUAUUGAUUACAAUACAGGACCUUUUUACUACUCUUUUUUAAAAGUAUUUAAAAAGUAUGUUAAAAUGUGAUGAAAUAACUAUGCCGGGAUGGACAGUUAGCUGAAUUUUUUUAAUUUAGACACAAUGAACAGGACUACUUAUGACAAAUUAUCUGAGUGGAAUAAUGAACUAAUACAACAUUAUAUAAUAAAUGAUGUUAUUCUUGGGAUUUAUCUUAUUCUCGGAACAUCUGGUAACGCCAUUGUCGUACUUGUUUAUGCUUUUCGAAUGAAUAAGAAAAAAGAUGACAGAUAUUUCAUCCCCUUUUUGGCAGUUGUUGACCUAUUAGCAUGUGUGUGUAGAUCUUCGUUGGAGUUGGCUAUGAACUUUAACCCUGUACGGUUUCAAGGAAGCGUAUUAUGUAAAGCUGUGUGGUUUCCUACAAACGUAACUGCCAUAGCUUCGAUUUUCCUUCUGUUAGUGAUAGCGAUACAAAGGUACUUGAAAGUAUGUCGUCCCUUUGGACUACAAAUGACGCUUACUUGUAAAAGAUUUUCAUUGAUUGUGUGUAUACUCGUUGCUGUCUCCGUCUCUGCACCAUUAAUAGUAUUCAAUGACGAAAUAGAAGUUAUAAAUCCAGAAACAAAUGUCACUGGAUAUGUAUGUGAUACGGAUGUUAAAUCUCACUAUGGUCAGGGAUUUUUGGCAUACAUAAUUUUCGCAUCCGCAUGCUCAUUGAUUUUAAUGGUGGCUUUAACUAUUUUAAAUAUCUGCAUCGGACGGACAAUUUUUAAACAAUUUAGAGCGAAGCACCGUAGAAAAAGUUGCAAUAAUGUUAUUAGCAGACAUAAAGUUAGUGUAUGUGCUCAAUCUGAUUUAUUGAACGUGGACCAAGACGUGAGUUUAUCAGACACAGAAACAAGUUUUCAACCACAAAAGAAUUCCUCACAAGGUGCUCAGAUAAAUAGUCAAACAAAUAUCAAUUCCAGUACCGAAAGCGAUACCCAGAACCGAUCAAACAUGUCAUUUUCACACCGUUACUCAAUUAUGUUCAUGGCUAUUGGUAUUGCUUUCAUUAUUUCGUACUCUCCUCGUUUGAUUUUGUUGUUUAUAACAUUGCAUGACCCGAAAUUCUUCGGAAAAAUAUCACAAACGAAUCUGACAAUCUUGUCCGUUAUCCGGGAAAUGAAUGUUGUCAACAAUGUAGUAAAUCCCUUUAUAUAUGGAUUCUUCGAUCAUACAUUCCGUAAAGAAACAAGAAAGAUUUGCUUCAAGGUGAAUUAGGAUUAUUGUUUAUUUUAUAUGUAUAUUCAAUAAUGACAAUCAAAUAUGAUCACGUAUAUAGUAAUUUAGAAACUGGUGCAAUGUUUUACAUGUAACUUUGAAAUAAUUUUAUGUACACAUCCAUGCUAAAUGAUAUAUGUUAUACAUUUUGUUGUUUGGUAAGAUUAAAAUUUUAUACUGUCACAUUCUGACAUCCUUUAGUAGCAUAUACCCCUGAAAACGAGAAAUAAAAGAUAACAAAGGGGUACUCAAACUUAAACAAAAUGACAAUACCAAUUUCAAAACCGUAAAACGGACAAAAGUCAAACAACAGUAUGCAAAACACAGAGCAACACAAACCACCCAAAACCUGGGGUUGGUCCGGUGAUCCGGAAAGACUGACAUAU